UUAGGUUAUUAUAACUUGAUUGAAACAUCUAAAGUUGAAGAAGAAAUGUCAAAUUCACUGGCCAAAUAUAUUUUUCUUUUUGGAAUUUUGUUACUUCUACAUGCAGCUUAUUCUGCUGCUCAACAUCGGUCAUACCUCCGGCUAACUGAACAGGAAUUCACGUCACUUCCCGCUGAUAUUAUUCUUCAAACUAUAUUCAGCUUGUUACUGACUGUUUAUGGAGUAACUAUGGUUGCAGGUGAUUUCAAGGAAAUUCGGUCCAAUAUUGAUCUACAGAAAAAAACUUGGAUGAAUCUGAAUAAUCGUCCAUCCUUUUACACUUUUAAUCAUCGUGGACAUAUUUUUAAUCCCAUUCUUCUUACACGGACAGGCACUGGAAAAGGGGCAUUAGAAGCCAACUAAGAUCAAGUCAACUAAUUUUGGGCAUCCAUUGUAUGUGUUUCUGUAUGUCAAUAAAUUUUAACACUGUAUGAGAUGCUAAA